UUUGCGAUCGGCUGCCAGUUCUCCCGCUCUGGGAUGCCCGACCUCUCCCUCCGGCUCUGGGCGCAGCCGCACGCGGAGGAGGUGCUUGGCACGUGCCUGCUCCUCGAGCACUCUCCGACUACCGUGCUCGCCGUCGACCGCCGCGGCUUCGCCGCCGUCAUCGUGGACGAGGCGGCGCGGGUCGGAGGGUCGGAGGAGCCCGAGCUACCAGAGCCGUGGCCGUCGCUUCAGCUCUGCCGCUCCACCGCCGGAGGAAAGCCGCAGUGGCGAAGGCUGGACCGCAGCUCCGCUGCCGGCAGCACUGCUGCGGAGCCGCUCGACCUGGCCUCCGCCGCGCGCCUCGCCGCCUCGGAGGCCCGCUCCCCGCUCACGCCCGCGGGUCGGCGGUGGGUGGUCGACGCGAUCCGCGGCUACUACACGCAGCACGUGCUCGAGCCCUCGGUACGAGGCUUCCUCUCGAUCCUCGAGAAGCAGUUCCCGCGCUCGGACCUGUACCUCUUCGAGCUGCUGCAGAACGCGGUGGACGACGGCGCGCGGGUGGUGCGGCUCGAGCUGCUGCCCGGCCCCACGCUGCGCCUCUCCCACGACGGCCGCGGCUUCAGCCCGCUCGACGUCAACGGUCUCGCGAGCGUCGGCAUGAGCACAAAGCAGAGCCGGCGCGCGGCUGGCUUCAUGGGCAUCGGCUUCAAGGCGUGCCACAAGCGCUUCGCGCACGUCCGCUGCGCCGACCCGGACUGGCGCUUCGACGCGUGGGUGCUGCUGCCACGCUGGGCCGAGGACAGCAGCGGCAGCCCCGUCGCCUCGGGCUGCGUCUUCGAGCUGCUCCGCCCGCGCGGCGGUCUCGACGCGCUGCGGCGAGACUUGCGCUGGUUGCCGCCGUCGGUGCCGCCGCUGCUGGCGCGGUGCGCGCUGGCCGCCGACCAGCGCGACGGCGACGCGCCUCGGGCGGCCUGGGAGCUGGUGUGGGUGGGCGAGCGGCUCGUCUGCGAGCGGGUCGACGCGUGGGCCGCUUACUGCGCCCACACGCGGCGCGACCAGCCGCCGCAGGGAACCGACGCCGAGGAGGAGGCGAGCUUCUUCUUCCAGGUCGACUCGAACGGCGCGGCGUGGCUGCUCUCGGUGGACCGGCAGGACGUCCAGUCCCUCAGCGACAACGCGUGGAACCGCGCGCUCGCGGCGACGGUCCCCGCCCUGCUCGUGUGCGCUCUGCGCUACCUGGCGGCCGUUGUGUCCGAGGCGGCCCCCGCUCCGAGCGACGCCUCCGUCGCGGCUGCGCUCGACUGCUCUCCGCUCGACGCGGCGCUACGGGCGGAGCCGCUGGUGCCCGUGCUCGGCGCCUCGCGAAGGGUUGAGUUCGCCGCCGCCGCGGGCGCUGCGCUCGUCCCUCGCCCACUAUUGCGCUGGCUUCCGCCCGCGCUGCUGGAGCGGCUGAUGGCCGGCUGCCAGGAGAUGCAGGACGAGUGGCGGCGCAACUGCAAGGAGAAGGCGUCCAAGGCGCUCGCCGCUCUCCCUUCAGCGCUGCAGCGCGCUCUCCACGGCGCGAGCGCCGGAGCACGCGCUGGCGGCAGCCUCACCCUCCACCCGGCCGUGCACUCGCUGCUCCUCGACGCUGCCGACGGGAGCGUGCCGGGCGGCGGUGGUGAAUCGGCGAUGGCGAUCCGGAAGGCUCUCACCGCCACCGAGGCGCUGCGCCGAGAGGCGGCGAGCGACAACCGCGCUCUAACGCUUCGAGCGAUUUUUGCUCGCUUCUUUGCGGCGCAAGCUGCGGCCGGCAGCCGUGGAGCCGACGCUGAGGCGGUGGUGGCUCUCACGAGGCAUCUCAAGGAGCAAAAGCAGCCGCAGCUCUGCUCGCACGCGCAAAUCGCGGGCGGCGCCCUGCUCCCCGUCGGACAGUGCGCGGUCGGCGCGGCCUUUGGCAACGGGAGCCUCGAGGAUCUGCAGCGGCGGGUGGAGGGUGGCGCGGCGGUGAGCUUUGUCGACGGCGUUUACGUGGACAAGUCCGCCUCCUCGCACGAGCGCGCGAGCUGGCGCUCCUUCUUUGUCGCCGCCGGCGCCUCGGAUGGGCUCGCCUUCCUCGUCUCGGCCUCGCCAGUCGCCCCUUCCCUCCUCCCUGCCGGGGCAUCGCAGCGGAGCAGCGCCAAGUCGGUUGCGCUGCCGUAUGGGCUGGGUUGCCUCGGGCAUAAGCGUCCCGUCGUGCUCGACGCGGCCCUGACGCCGGCCUCGGCCCGGCUGCUGCGGGCCGCUCUCGCUCGCGGCGACGAAGACGCGUCGCUCGCCGUGGCCUUCUGCGACCUGGUGGCCCGUGCGGCGGUGGACGACGAGGAGGCGCCGAGCGCCGCAGAGGGCCCGCUCGCGCCGUGCUUGCGCGGCGAGGGCGCGCCCGCUGCGCUUGAGCAGCCGACGGGUGGCGGGGCCGCACUCACCGCCACCGUCGGCACCGGCGGUCCCGCGAGGAAGCGGCUGCUGUGGCUUCCCCCUUCCCAGCCCGGCGCCGCGGUGCACGACCUCGGCGUCGCUGGCUGGGUGACGCUGCUCCGCGGUGCCUCCUGGGUGCCAACCGCCAAGGGCCUCCUCCCCCCGAGCCGCGUGGCGAUUGUCGCCUCCGCGGCGCCGCACCUGCUACCCGCCGCUCUCCCGCCGCCGACCCUCGCGGCUCUCGCGGCGGCGCCGAUCUCCCGCCUCCUUGAGUGGGGCACCGCGCCGCCACCGUCGCCGAUGGAGAGCGCGUCGCAGAUCGGGCUCUCAGAGUACGUGUCUGUGUGGGCCGCGCUCGCCGAGACGGAGGCCGCCGGUGGCAGCGGACUCGACCGAGCCUACGUUCGCCGGUCGGCGGAGCGGUACGCGCUGCUGCCGUUGCAGAGGACGCUCGUGCGCUCCACGCGAGCGAUUUGCCGCGGGCCCUCGAGCAGCGCGCCGGCGUCGGGCGACGGGAGCGAUGGCGCGCGUCUCGCAGACGAGCUGCUGUGCGAGCAGCUGGUGCAGACCGGCUGGCUACUCGACGUCCGCCGGAGCCCGGCUCUCGGCAGCAACGCGCGCGCUCUCGCGGCGCUGCUGCAGCUGCCGGCGGCGCCUUCGGCACCCACCGUCGAGCGCUGGCUGGCGACUGCGUGGAGGCGACCUCCGCCUUCCCUCGCCGCCGAGGGCGCCGAUCUGCGGGCCCUAUUCACGUUGGCGCUGCGGUUUUGCUUCGCGCGGCGUGGGCUGGUCGACGUGGCGGCGGACGACCCUCCCAUGGCUGCCGCGUCGGCGCAGGCGCCGCUGCCUGCGAGGCAGGCGGCCGAGCGAGCGCACACCGAGGCGCUCGGCGCGCUGCCAGGCCUCCGGCUGUGGGCGAGCCAGCCGAGCGAGCCGCACGCGCCUCACACGUGGGCGACAUUCCCACCGGACGCGUCCUCGCCGCUGCCGCUGCUCGUGGACGACGCGGCCAGGGCGUCGCUGCUGCCCGCGCUCGACGUGGUGAGCCUGCACGUGCUCAACCACGGAGUGCUGCCGGCCGUGGCUGCGGCGGCGGGCGAGCGGGCAAAGCUACGAGACGCGCUGCUCCGACGCAUGGAUGAGCGACUGCUCGGCCUGCUCCGCGUGCCACGCCUCUCCUCCGCCGAUUUUGAGCAAAGGACUUCGGCAAUCGGGCCUGCAGCCGCAUUGCCGGCCGCCGCCGCCCGCUGCGCCGUCGUCCUGCGGCUGCUGAUCGAGGCGUCGGGCUCCACGCUCCCGCCGCCAGGGGAGUGCACCGUCGACAUGGCGAGGCACUCUGAGCUGCGACGCUCUCUUCGCGUGCGGCCGCUCUUCGGCCGGCGCGAGAGCGAGUGCUCGACGAGGCGCUGGGCGGUGCUGGACGUCGACACCGCCGCCGACGGCCUCAAACAGGUCAGAUUGAGGGUGGCGGGCGACGCUGAGGAUUUCACGGCCGAUCUGCAGGAGGAGGCUGCGGCGCUGCUGCUCCCGCCGCGGACGCAACUGCCGACUCGAGUCCUCUCCCUCUUUGCGCAUCUCGAGGCACCGCGAGUCUUUGAGAAGCUGCUUCGGAGGGACUUUCCAGAGGCCGACGCGGGCGCGGGCGAGGAGGCCGAGGCGGCGCUGUCGAAGACCGCGGCGAAGAAGCAGCGGCGCCGGGAGAGGGAGGAGGCGGAGAGCGUGGCGGAGACACCCAUCUCGUCGGGCGUGGGCCACGCGCUCCUCCAAAAGAUGGGCUGGACGAGCGGCGCUCUCGGCAGGCGCGGCGAGGGGAUCGUCGAGCCGGUCCGCGCCGAGGGCGCGGUUGGCAAGCGAGGACUCGGCGGCGACUCCGAGGCGGCGGGCAGCGCCGCCAGCAUCGUACGUGCCGACGAGCCUGCGAGGCCACCGGCGCCCCCAUCGAGCGAGCUGGACGUGCAAACCUUUGAGGUCCUCGUGGAUGUCCGCGGCAGCGUGGCUGAGACGGCGGCGGCGCUCGCAACGGCGGCCAGGGGGGCCGGGCUCGAAGUGCUGGACGUGAGCUUGAAAUGA